AUGCCGCUGCGCACCGCUCUCACGGAAAUGCUGGGCAUUGAGCACCCAAUCAUCCAAGGAGGCAUGCAGUACGUUGGCUAUGCCGAGAUGGCCUCCGCUGUCUCCAAUGCUGGUGGCCUGGGCAUCUUGACGGGCCUCACCCAGCCAGACCCCGAAGCAUUGCGAGCAGCCGCUGAGAUACGGCGGUGCCGAACUAUGACGGACAGUAGCUGCAGAGCGGUGAUCGUUUUUCGACGAAGCCCCACUUGCAGAAGCAGCCACAAGAUGUUGCAGCGGUACAUUGUUGAGGGCCAGGAUUAUGACGGUUACGCGCGGGUUCUGGCGGAAGAGAAGGCUGGCCUCAAGGUGUUGCACAAGUCCGCAACCAUGCGCCAUGCUCUGAAGGCCCAAGAGGCGGGGGUCGACCUCAUUGAGAUCGUGGGCUAUGAAGGUUCCAUUGCCGGCGGUCAGAAGGGAGACGAGGUGGGUGCCUGGGUUCUGCUGGCCAAGGUGGGAGGGAUUUCAAGCCGCGUCUGCCAGCGGCCCAUGUCUUCCGGCCGGGUCGGGGCUCGCGUCCGCCGCGUCCGCGAGUUCUCGGACACGCCCUUGGAGGCCACCAGCACCCUGAAAGUGCCGGUCAUCGCUGCGGGCGCCGCAGGCUUUCCUCCACGUGAGCCGAUUCAUCCGUUUAUUUUUGGGGCGGAGGCACGGGGCGCCAGCUCGCAGCAGCCUUGGCCAUGGGCGCAGGGUGCCCGAGAUUUCGAGGGGGAGGCACAUGGCAUCACCAUGGCGACCCGGUUCCUGUGCACUGUCGAGGCAGGGCCCUGCCCAAAAGACACAUGUGGGGCUCAGAGGAUGCCAUGUUUGCUCUCCAGGCAGACGACCAUUGUGCUGGGCAGCUUGAGCAAUGCCACCCGGGUCUUCAAGAACGAGGUCGCCCAGCAGAUCCGGGACAUCGAGGGUAAAGGAGAUGUGGACUUCAGCCAAGUGAUGCCUUUAGCCUCGGGUCAGCGGACGAAGAAGAUGCCGCUCGGCCAGUUCAUUGCCGUGGCUUGCUUUGUCAGAGAGCUGGGCCACUCCAACAACAUGUGGCAGCAGUCUGGGGACACCUCCGACGCCAUGUGGAGCUGCGGCCAGAGCUUGGGCCUGAUCAGCCGGGCGCCCAGUGACAUCCCCACCUGCCAGGAACUCGUGAGGCGCAUCGUCCAGGAGGCGGAGGAACGUUUGCAGAGCAGCGCGCGGAUGAUGUCCAAGCUCUGGUUGCUCGAGCAAUCGCAGCUGCAGCUGGGAUUCUCAGGCGAUGCCAGCGGAGCCCUCGAAAGCGCGGUCAAGGCGAAAGCUGCCGUCAAAGCCAAGAAGGAGCCACUGCGGUCCAGGAUCUGCAGGUGCCUGCGAGCUUGCUGCCGGAGGUUCACCCGCUGCCCCAAGUGCAGAUGCUGCGUGAAGCUAUUUCCGUGCUUCUACUGCUGCGCGCCGGACCACAUGCUCGACAGGGACUUCCUGAUCGAGCAGCUCACCACUGCAAGCGGCGGGAAGGCCCCAAGCCAGAACUUGGUGGAGGAGACCAUGGCAGCAGAUGGGGACCGGAUGGCCGCCCACAAGCAGAAGUGGCCACCUGCUUGGCACAUCCAGAUCCGCUCAAGAAAGGGCAACGCCUGUGUGUCAGAUCGCCUGGCAGAUUCUGCAGGUCUGCAGUUGCUGCUGCUGUUGCUCCUGGCUUGGUGCGCUUGGGCCACAGUGAUCAUAGGAGGGGCCACUGGGCGCGUUUGCUUUCCCGGCCAGCUCUUCGCCAUCUCUCCAUGGCAGCAGCUUUGUGACGACUGUGGCUGGAGCAAGCGGGCAACGGCCAUGGAUGAUGGCCUCGCCCAUCCAAGAGCCUCGGAAAAUUGGGACGCCGCGGUGAAAGAAAGGAUGGCUCCACGACCCAAAGCUACCGGCAGAACUGCACCAGAAGCUGCUAGCCGCUCUUCAAGCGCCGUGCGAGGAGCCGCCGCCUCGCACCUUGGCACUAGUCCGGUGGAUGGGCCGUGGGGCAAGAUGGCAAGGUUGACGGUUUGGUGUUGGAGUUUGCUCAGGGGCUUGACCAAAUCCAAGCUGCAAAUUGCGGGGAGCGUGGUCAUCCUGCCAUCCUGCCUCUUCCAUAUCGGCAACACCCAGCGCGAGCAGGAUUUGCUGAACCUGCCCCCGCCGUCCUGCUCCUCGAAUCCCGGCUCCGCGAACCUCUUCCAGCUGAGAACGAAGGGUGCUGUCGGGGGCGCGUUGGCGCGCACGGCCAAUCAGCCGGUGCCAAGGGCCAACCAGCCUGCGGUGGAGGGGCCAAAGUGA